AUGUCAAGAGGUCCUGCUAAAAAAUACAAAAGUGUUUUCUCGCAGGAAGAAAUUAUUUUUCCUAGUAAUGUCACAAAUUCUAAUGGUUUCGAUUCAACAAUUGGAAAUCUCUGCUAUCUAAAUGAAGCCGAACUACUGGUGGACAAUCAAGAUAUUUGGUUCUACGAUCAAGAACUAAAAAAACCAUCAGAAAAAUUAUCUUACAAAUUUAAUGAUCUAGUCUAUAGAAUUUGCUCAGAGAAAAAUUUGAACAUGAAUCACGCAAUUCAAGACAGGCCGUCUAGAAAAAAUUUACCUGAAUUAACCUUGUUGAACAAUACAAAACAGACUAAACUUAAUUUAUCGCAAACAUCAAAAAUGCAGUCUAUUCCAUUUAAAAAUAAUUUAAACGUAAAUGCAGCUAAAACUGAGUUUGAAAAUGAAAGCAAAUCAAAACAGUACAAAAAGGUGAAAAUGUCUACAUCUAAAUCAUCAAUUACAACCAAUAAAGCCGGCAAAGUAACUCGUGCCACGUCUGUGACCACCGUAACAACAACAAAAUUAAUCAAGAAAGGAGGAAAAAAAGAAAAAAUCGUGGAGGUUAAGAUUGUAACUUCAGCUACAUCAGUAACAAAAACGAAAUCAUCCGCAAAUAUAGGAAAAGGUAAGCAAAGUUUAACUUCGGAAUCCGAAGCUCAAGCCAAAAUCAUCGGGAAAAAACCAUCAAGACGCGCUAAACUUAUGAAAAGUUUAAGCAAAAUAAAAAGUUCUGCAGAUAAAUUGCGGCGAAAAAUUUCUAAACACUUUACAAAAAAGUAUUAUAUUUUAUCCGGUUCAAAGUCUGAUGUUUUGCCCACAAAAGUUGUUAAAAAAUCAAGUUCAACAAAAAUAAUUGAAAAAGAUGGAAAAAAAAUUAUAAAAUCUAGUUCUGUAAUAAGUAUUCACGAAAAAUCUUCCAAGUCACAAGGAAAAGAAAAAUCAACUCCUAAAAAACCGAAGACCUCUUCACUGAAGAAAGUUGAAACUAAAAAAACGGAAACUCCAUCUCAGUCGGUCACGACUAAAAGUAUGCAAAAAAGUUCAAUCACGGUAACAGUUACACCAUCUAAAGAUAUUACAAAACCUAAAGCUAAAAAGGACCUUGGCGAAUCGGUAAAUACUAAAGCUAAAUUCCCAACUUCUGUAACAUCCGAAACAAAAGUAGAGCCUGCUUCUAGUAAAACAAAAGCAAUUACUUCUAAAAAAAAAAGUUCACCUCGGGCUUCAAAAGUUGUGAAAAGAAGCAUACCGCUUUCAACUUCUUCAACAGUUGCUAAAAAACAGAGUCCAAAAGUAUCAACAGCUAAAAAAGUAACUUCAAAGCCAUCCUCGGUUCACAAAACUUCGAAAAAAAAAAUUUCAAAAGUUGUUAAAAGUUAUCCAUCAAUUCAGACUUCCAAAACUUCGCCUUCAGUCAAAAAUCAAAAUAUUGUUUCAAAAAACAAAUCUAAAACCAGUUCAGGAAAAACAAAAAAACCGUCACAACUUGAAUAUAAAGUUUCAACUGUAACAAAAGAAAGUUCUACAACUACGGUUUCAACAACGGUAACAGACAUUCCAAAAAAUAAAAUUAAGGACUCAAAACUAUCUAAACCAACUGCAAAAAAAGAAUAUACAAAACACGGACCUGAUAUAGCAACUGAAACAAAGCAAGAUGACACGAAAGAAAUGCUUAAAAAAAUCGAUGUUUCUACAACAACAGUCAUUCCAAAGAAAGAGAAGCCUACUGACAUUAAAAGAGAAAUUCAGGACUCAAAACCAUCCAAACCAACUCCAAAACAAGAAAGCACAAAACCCGUUACGACAAAAACAACAGAAACAAUAAUCACUAAAGAAGAAAUUAAAAAAACUUUACCUGGACCUGAUACAACAACUAAAACAACGCAUGACGACAAAAAGGAAAAAUUAAAAAAACCUGAUAUUUCCACAACAACAGUUUCAACUACAACAACAGUCAUUCCCAAGAAAGAUAAACCCACUGACACCAAAAUAGAAGUUCGGGACUCAAAACCAUCAAAACCAAUUCCAAAACAAGAAAACACAAAACCCGUUACCACAAAAACAAUAGAAACGACAAUUACUAAAGAAGAGAUUAAAAGAACUUUACCUGAUACAACAACUAAGAAGAGAGAGGAUGACAAUAAAAUGAAAAUGGAAAAGACUGCUAAUUUGCAAAAUUUUAGCCAAAAGACAAUGACUCAAAGUACAGCCAUUGAAAAAACUCUUGAAACUAAACCUGAAAGAAAAGAAGAAAAAGUAGUAAAAAAGAAACGUUCUUUAAAAGACAUUGCUAAGGACACAAUGGUGCGAAGAAGCGUUGUAGAAAAAUUUAAAAAUAUCCUUCGUAAAGGCUCCAAAGAAAAACCAGAUGCAAAAAAAGUUGUACCAGAGACAAAAAAGAUUGAAAAACCAGAAUCUAAAUUACCAAAAAGCGAUGUGAAAAAAGAUGGAAAAAUGCAAGGUAGUACGGUUAGCGAAGUUAAAUCAAUAAAAAAGCAAACUAUUACAGCAUCAACAAUUGAACCAAGUAAAGAAGUUUCUAAAAAAGAAGAAAAACGUGUUUCUAAAAAAAAGUCAAUUUUUGUUGACAAAACCAAACCUGUUUCUACAACUAAAAUUGUUAAAAAGAAAAGUUCAAAAUCGAUAACUACUUCUAAAAACAUUAGAAACAUUAGUUCCACAACUGUUAUUGAAAAAAGUUCAACUACAAUCACAACUUCAACAGAAAUUAAAAAAACACAUUCACCUAAACCGGUUAAAAAACAAAUUUCAAAAAUUAUUAGUUCAAAAAUUAAAAAAAAAAGAUCGUCGAAAGAUGUACGCCCUACAAGCAAAAGGGCAUCUCAAAAACUGAUCAAAAAACCAUCAGGUAGUAUAUCAAAAAUGAUGAAAAGACAUUCCAAAAAAACUCCAUCAAAGCAAAUUAGUACAAAUAUUGUUAAAUCUUCUUCAAAAACUAAAGUGGAAAAAACCAGCGGACCAGAGGGAAAAACAUUUAAAAGGGAACAUUGUAAAAGAGACGGAAAGCAUUGCAGUUCAAUGGGAAUUUCUUUAUCGGUUCCAGAGAGCACAGAAGCAAAUAAGAAGGUUAUAAAAGUUGUGAAACUAAAAAAAGAUAGCAUUCAUCACAUUAAAAGCUCGUACGUUUCUAAUUUGAAACCUCGAGUUGAAAAUAAACAAAAGGCUAUUGUUUUCAAGCGUCUUGGUCAAAGCUCCACAAAGAAGCCAGAAGACACUAAAUGCACUAAUUCUACCGAGGUCUCCAAAACAUCGUUGACAAAAAAACCAGCUGCGGUCAGUAAAGAAUCUAAAACCCAGAAAACAAAAUCCCCAAGUAAAUUAAAGUCAGCUGUAAAGUCUUUAUCAAAAACUAUUGUGAAAAAAAUUAAAAAAUCGAGCAGCUUAAAAAAAAGGCCAAGAUUAUCAUCGCAAAAAUCUAAACGAAGUUCCAAAAAAUCAGAUAAGAGAUCGUCAAAAAAUAUUGCUCCGAAAAGAUCAGUUAGUAAGAGCACUACAGUGGUGACAACAACAACAACAAGCGUGACUAAAUCACGAGUGAGUUCAAAAGGAAAACGAGUUAGUAGUGUUAAAAAGGUUGUUUCUAAAACGACCAUUUCUACUUCCUCUAGUAAGAAAUCAAUCAAAACAACUAAAAUGGUGAAAAAAGUUAAGGAUGGCAAAAACACAAAAGUAGUGAAAUCUUCAACAUCUAUUGUUAAAAUAAAGAAUGUUGUUUCAAAAAAAGCAGGAAAAAAUAACUUGAAUAACAAUAACAUUGAUAUGAAACUCAUCGCAUAUGAUGCCAAAUAUUUACCAGUCAAAUAUUUUGAAAAUAUGAAGAAACAUUCGAAGAAAUACAGGUCUACUAGGAAAAAAAAUGAAAAUAGCAAUGCAGUACAAAAAGGCUUCGAACAGGCAAAAUUGUCCGAUGAAAGAAAAAAAUUAUCAUGCACUGACGCCACUGGAAAUUUCAAAACCAUAAAAAAUGUUGGCGAGACAUUAUCUUCAACCUUAACUUCAUCCACAUCAACAAGCUACAUUACAGUACCAUCAGAAAGUUAUGAAAAAAUAUCUCGCUCGCCAUCUCUAAGUAACAAUAAAAAAAAGAUAAAGAUGAAAAAAUUGUUCUAUAAGCUGUACGGCAUAACGGAAAAUAUCGAAUUUAAUAAUAAUAACCAAAACAAUUUGAGUGUAAACUCUGUGGAUAAAAGUGAAUUUAAACCAUCUAAAAUCUAUGCACGUUGUAGUCAGACAAGAACUGAACAUACACUAUAUCGCGAAAUUACACAAGGAAUUGAAAUAUUACCAGACAAGACGUUAGGACUUUGCUAUAAUCAUCAAAAUCAAAUUGAUCAUAAGUCCAAAACUGGAAAAAGAAAACAAACAAAUGAGAAAUGGACAAAUUCAAAAGCCUCAGAAGACAAAAAAGAAAAAAAAAAAAGAACUGUGGUUGCACAAAAAUCACCUAUUAAACAUACCAAUAAAGAAAACUUAGUUGGCUCUGGCUCGAAAAAAGUAGUUAACCUUGCUCCAAAAAUAAACUCAAAAACCUCAAUUACAAAAAAAUUACUUGAUGAUAAUUUACAACGUUAUCAAACUUGCGCAAGGGAAGAAUUUUUUAGUCCCGAGGAACUCGUCAAAAAUAUUUCAACCAAUAAUUACACGUAUAAUCACAUAGAAAAUAAACAGACUUUGCAUUUAGCGGAUAUGAAAAAUUAUAAAUUUAACUUUUUACACAAGAAUAAUGGGUUAAUGAACAAUGAAGAUGAAAUUUCUUUGGCAAUUGAUGCGAAAAUUAAAAAGAAAAAUAAACAUCAAAACAAAAAGUUAAAAGCUCUGUUUGAUGAACAAAUGAGUGGAAAAAUAAAAAGUUGGAGCAAAAUUUGCCAAACUAAUUCUAACAAAUUAAUAAAUAAAAAAAACAUUUCAAAAAAUAAUUCAACUAAUAAAACCAAGUACGAACAAGUGAGACUUCCAUACAGAACAAGCAGCUUGACGGGCUACAGAGUUUCCUCAACAAACACAACAAGUUAUGGAACGGCUACUUAUAACAAAGCACAGAACAAAUCUGGAGCUACAUACAGAUCAAAAGGUGGUGCCACUUUAAAACAUGGUACUGUAUCUAAACGUGGUGCUGCAUCUAAACGGGGUGCCGUAAAUAAACGUGGUGUCGCAACAGAACGUGGUGUCGCAACAGAACGUGGUGUCGCAACAGAACGUGGUGUCGCAACCGAACGUGGUGUCGCAACCGAACGUGGUGUCGCAACCGAACGUGGUGUCGCAACAGAACGUGGUGUCGCAACAGAACGUGGUGUUGCAGCAGAACGUGGUGUUAUUACAGAAUACGGUGCUGCAACACAAUACGGUAAUGCAUCGGAACGCGGUACUACAAGCAAGAGUGGUGCUACAUAUACAUCAAAACGCGGAGCUGCAUCACAGAGUGGCACUACGUCAGCAACAGCCACUAAUAUAACUAGAAGUUAUGCCAGUAGUUCAGCAUCUCAGAGUACUAGUGGCCAGAUGGUUUCGACCAGCGAAAUGACAAGUAGUUCAUCUAGAACUCAACUUUCUACUGCACAAGCCAGUUCAUCGAUUUAUUCUUCUCAGAGUUCAUCAGCAAAUUCUUCGGCUUCUAGAACCUUACUGUCGACAGCUGAGACCAAUACAACAACUAGAACAGGAUAUGCAGACGCUUCAACAAAGUACAGGUCAGAGAGAGAACAAAAUGUUGCCAUGAAAGACGCUUCAACUAAGUACAGGUCAGAGAGAGAACAAAAUGUUGCCAUGAAAGACGCUUCAACAAAGUACAGGUCAGAGAGAGAACAAAAUGUUGCCAUGAAAGACGCUUCAACUAAGUACAAAUCAGAGAAAGAACAAGAUGCAUCUAGAAAAGACAAAAUGGCAAUUGAGAAAGUGGAAGAUGUUACAAAUAUAAAAUCAGCGGCACAAUCAAAUCAAAGGAGAGGCAAUGGAAAAGAUGGAAAAAUUGUUGUAAUCAGGCAAAUUACACAUACGCAAGGAAAUGGAUUUGUUCGAAGAACAUCAACAACUUCAAUUGUGGCGGUUACAAGGGCAAAAAAUAACCAAACUAAAGAAAAUCAAAAAGCUCUAAUUUCUGGAGAAACUGAUGCCAAAUUUGUUUCAACCGCAGAAAUUCAAUUGAAACCAAAACAGGAAGAAAGUACAAAGCGCAAAAUAAGAACUCUAACCGCUGAAGAAGUCAAAAAGAAACAAAAUAAACAAAACAAUUCGAAUAUAGAAAAAAUUUUGAAAAAUAAUUCCGCGCAACAAAACGCAAAGUAUGAUCAAGUAAAACUAAAAUACAGAACCGAUAAUUUAACCGGUUAUAAAGUAUCUUUGCCGUCAACCCAGAGUAACAAAACAACGACAAUUAACGACACAAAAUCAUCGGCAACAAGUACAGCAAACACGAUGACAAAAACUUUAGUAUCAAGCUCCGAAAAUACCGAUUUAACAAACGAUAAAACUAGCACCACCACUGCCACCAAUAAAUCAGACAUUCUCUCAAACGAAAAUACAAAUAAAUCGACAACCAAUACCAAGACUUCUACCGUGACGAAAAAUAAUGAUUCAGAUGAUUCUAAAACGCCGUCACAGUUUUCUAGAACAAUGAAUAGCGAGGAUACAAAAAAAGAAAGCUCAGCUGCACCUAACCGACCAGAAACAGGGUCUAAAUUUUCGCAUGCCACAAAUAACAAUAAAACAAAUGAAUUAAAAAGUCAAUUGUCAACAGAAUCUAGCCUAAGUUCACCAGAGUUGUACGUUUUUCCGAAAAGUGGAAAAAAAAUUAAAGAUUCAGCUGAAAUUAGUAGAAUCAGAAGAUUAAAACAGGAUAAGAAAACUUUGAAAGUAGUCGGACGCGAGGAAAGUUUCACACUAGGUUCUAAAAAACAUAAAAUUCGUCUAAAAAGUCUCGGAGGGAAACAAACUCAAGCCUCAUUUUACAGACAAGCUCCUUUGCUGGUCAAAGCAUAUUACAACCAAACCUUGCAGAAAAAACAAUUGGCAUCAAGUCUCUCCGACUGUUCAACAAUAAUAAGCAAAGCAAUAGAAAGUAUGGAAACUUCUACCGACGAAUCUGUAAAAGCAGAAAAAUCAAAACAACUGAAAAAGGAAAAACAUAAAAACAAGAAAUCGGAUAAAAAUAAUAAUUCAUUAGCUGGUGCAAAUGAUAUCGAAAAUCGUGGAUUGAACAUUGCCACAAAAGUAUCUGCAAACAAAAAAGUUAUUAAAAAAGACAAAAUAUUGUCAAAUAAAAAUUAUUUAAUAUUAGACUCAAAAGAAAACAAAAACUUUAAUUCGAUGAACGAUGAUGUAGAAAAAUUAUCAAAAAUAGAAAAAAAUGAAGGUAAAAUAACCGAUGAACAAAAAUUGUCAAUACUUGGCUUAAAAGCAAGUAAAAAACCUGCUUUAAUAAGUGGCGGAGAAACAAAAUUGCAGACAAGGAAAAAUAACUCUUCGAAUAACGCCAACCAGCACGUACAUAUUUCAAUCAACAGAGAUCAGCAGUCAACUCGUCACAACACAAUAGAGAGUGAGAACGUCUUUCUAGUGAAUUGUGAUCCACACAGAGUCUUCAAGAUAAAAAAAGGAGGAAAGAGAAAAAGAGUUGACGUAACAGAAGACAGUUGCAAUCGAAAUGCUUACAUAAAAACCCAGAAAAAGAAACAUAAAAGGAAACUUACAACAAAUAACUCAAAUAACUGUUUCAAACAAAAAAAUGUAAAAAAAUCGAAAUCUCAUAAAAAAUUCAAAGCACAAAACAAACGCUAUUCGCUAAAUUUAUUUGAUAACAACCACACAACAACGCACAAACCAUAUACACAACAAGAUUCAAAUACACCAUUCAAAAAAAUACUUCCUGGAUAUGAUAGGAUAAACAAAAAAUGUUUAAACUGUCACUUUAAUUUGAAAAGAACAUCGAGUUUAGACACUUUAAAAACAAAAUCAAUUAGAAUAGACGGAAAAAAUUCAAGUGACGAUUUAAUUACACUUUGUGGUAGCAAAAAGGAGUCGAGGCCAAAAAUGAUUGAACAGAUCUACGAAAAUACAUUUCAUAUAAGUGGUAUUAACAAAUAUUCUAAUUUCGGCAGAAAAACAUUGACGAGUGAAGCCAAAAUUGAAGAGAAACAUUUCUUUGCAAUUUCAAAAUUUAAAAACAUGUUUUCUAAAUUUAAAAAAGUAAUAAGUAUUAAAUCUCUUAUUGCGAUAAAUAAUAAAAAAGAUACGACGAAAACAAACGAGAAUAUUGAAACUCAAUCGAUUGAUAUAAAUUUGAUAAAUACAAGUAAAUUAAACUUUGUUAAUCGUUCAACAAUUUCAUCACAAAUUGACAAAACAAAAUCUAAUGAAAACACGAACAAUAGUAUAAACGCGAAGACAAUUAUUGGACAUAUUUUGGAUAAAAGGUUGUAUUCUAAGUCAAGAAUAAAAAAAGUAGAUGCAUUUAAUCUUGAAAAAAUUGAGAGAUUUAAUAAAAAUCAAUCACAAAAUAAAGCAGAAAAAGUAGUGGAAAAAACGGCGCAAGUCAUUAAAGAAUCAUCGACAAGUAGUAUUAGUAGUAUUAGUAGUAGUAGUAGUAGUAGUAGCACGGAUGAAAGAAGUAGAAACAGCGAAUUAAAAACAGAUGUGCCACAGAAGUCAGGUAUCACAUCUUCCACACUAAAUGCUUUGAAUAUUACAGAAACAUCCAGCGUCACUCACUUACCAAAUAGUUUAGAUAAAUCAAUGAAAGAAAAAAUGAACAAAAAUAAAACUGGUUUGCAAGAGGUCAAAAAGAUAGUUAAUAAAGAUGGAAACAAGAAAAAUUAUUCAACGUCGGUUGAAAAAAGUAAUAACACUUUAGUAGAUAAAACGGAAGACAAAAAAACAAAGUCUCGAACAGUAAAAUCUGAAAAAUUUAAAACUAGUUGCAGUAGCUCAGAAAGCGUGGAGGUAUUAAAGUCAUCAAACGGAAUUGACAAGUCCGUAAAGCCAGAUGAAAAGUUAAAAGACGGUAGCAAAGAUGAAGGAAAAGUGAAUACACAAAACAUCCAAAAGGCAAAUAAAACAGACGCAACAAAAGUUAAUAACAAAAACAUUGAAAAAAAUGUGCGCACCAAAAAUAGAGCUGACAAAAAACAGAAAGGUAUUCCUCCGAAAGUCGCACCUUUGCUAGAAACAACAUCACAACAUUCGCCAGUUAUUCAAAUAAUGUUUGAACAAGAGGAAAAUGAAACACCAGUAAGAAUAGAAAAGGAACAGAUAAAAAGUGCGGGAAGAUCAUCGUCAUUGUUAAAAGUAAUUAUUGGCGAUAAAUACAUGGAUGAUUUGCAAUUACAGAAGGAAUUAAUGAUAAAACUUGAGUCAAAUUUGAAAUCUGGCUCAACCAACUUAUCAAAAACCAAUUCAGAUAAAUGUAGUGUAACAUGUUGCACAAAUUACCGAAGAAAAGUUAUAGCAGAAAUCUUGAUGCUUAAACGUAAUAUUAAGAAAGACAAAUAUAUUGAAACAAUAUUGAAAGCGUUCCCUGGUUUAGAUAAAAUGGAUAUAAUUAUGAUGAUAAGAAGGAAAAUUUUUGAAAAAAUUCGGUUACUCAAAGAAUUAAAUUCAAUAGAUUUUGAAGAAUCAUCAUUGAAAAAGUCAGAAAUGGAUUUCAAAAAGACUUACAAUACUUAUUCUACUACAGAAAUUUUAAAACGUUAUGAAGAUCAACUGAUAAAUGACACAAUUGAAAAUUCAAAAAUUAAUGAAAAAGGAGAAAAAAACAUUACCAAAACGGAAAUUAUAAAAUCUGUAGAUAAAAUUCUUUCCAAAAAACUGCCAAAAAAGAAUAAACCCGUAAAUAAAUCCAUGAAAAGAAAAAUGGUCACAUCCAAAGUUAAAACCACCAAGCUAUACCAAGAAAAACCUAUAAUUAUUAAAAAACCAAACAAACCAAAUCAGAUCAAAAUAUCAAAACUUAUUGACAGAAAAACAACCGCUAACGAAUCGCCAGUGAAAAAAAGACUUUUUGAAAAGAAGAAUACAACUUUAAACAAAAAAUCUAAAUUUGUCCCAAAAAACCCAUUUGAGAAAAAGAUAUCAGCUGAUUCAAAACUGUCAAAAGUGAAAAAAAAUUUUAUGACAAAACGUCAACAGACACCUUUAACAAAAAGUACGUCAAGCAUCACCGCUAAAACUAAAAAAAUAAAUACAAAGAAAGUAAGUAAAACACCUGGUAAGAAAGAGAAAUUGACCACAAUUAAAUCAAUUGUCUCAGUUGAAACAUUUUCACAAACGUCCGUUGAAAACGUUCGAGGUAAGCAAAAAGUAUUGAAAUCAAAAAAAUCUAGCCGAAUAGAAUUGUCGGAAAAAAUAUCUAAUGUUAAACCUAAAAAAUCGUCUGCUUCAAAAUACAAAAACGUAAUAAAAUUUUCAACAAAAAGUCCAUUAGGAAAAAAACUUGGUAAUCAAAACAUAACAAAACCAAAUGUCUUAAGAAAGAAACGACAAAAACCUACAGAGACAACAGUUAUGAAACCAUCAAAACCAAAAUCAACAAAAAUUAAACCACAGAAACCUAGAGAAAAAAUGGUUAUAAAACCAUCAAAACCAACAAAAGCUACACCACAAAAACCUACUGAAAAAACGGUUAUUAAAGCAUUAAACCCAACACCAACAAAAGUUAAAACCCAGAAACCUACAGAGAAAACAGUUAUGAAACCAUCUAGACCAAAACCAAUAACGGCUAAAACCCAGAGUCCUAAAGAAAAAAUGGGUAUGAAACCAUCAAAACCAAAACUAACAAAGGAUCAAACACAAAAGUCUACAGAAAAAAUGGUUAAGAAAUUAUCAAAACCGAAAUCAACAAAGGCUAAAACAAAGGUUGGAAAGAAAGCCUCAAAGGCGGUUGAAAAAAAUUCUACGGGGUCAAACAAAAAAACGCUAAAAUCAAGUUCAAUUACAAAAGUGACGGUCACCAGCAUUUCAACUACAAAAUCUGUAGAAACUAUAAAAAGUAAGUCAUCAAAACAUAAACCAAAAAUUGCUAAUAAGAAAAAAUCAAAUGCUUUGGCAAAAAUAACUUCAAAGAGACCUGUGAAAAAAAGUGCUAGUAAAAAUAAAUUAAAAGCUCUAAUAAACAAAACAUCACCAAAAUUAGUGAAAACAUAUCAAAAAUUUUCAAAGAAUAAGUCGAAAAAAUCUAUAAAAUCAUCAAAAAAAUUAAGUAAGUUAAAACAAAAAAAUUUAGCCGCUGAGAAAAAGAGGAAGAGAUCAACUGUUAAAAAACAAUCUAAACCAUCUAAAGAGAGGUCAAUGAGAAAACUGUCACAAAAAAUAACCGAGGUCUCAAAAGUAAAAUCUAAAGAACUUGAAAAAAAUAAAUCAAAUACUUCCGUUACGAAACAAGUGAUAACUUCUACAACAGUAGAAAAGAUAAAUCCGACCACGUUCAAGACAAUAAGAACUACAAAGACAAUAGUGAGAACAACGUCCAGUAAGACAAUUAAAACAUCUGUGAAACGUUCUCCUUCUCGGAGAUCUGUUAAACCAUCCAAAAAGAAAAGUUCAACUAAAGUUUCCAAAAAAAAAUCAAGUAAGAAAUCAGUAAAAAAAUUAACAAAUGCUUUGGCAAGGAAAAAUUUAAAACGAUCUGCGGAAAGUAAGAAACCAGAAAUAUCAGUUGACAAUGAAGAAGUUAUCAAAAUAACUACAACAACUGAAACCAAAUCAGAAACAAGAGAAGGCGUGAGUAAAAAAUUAUUAUCAAAAAGGAGUAAGCAACUCGAUAAGACAAAAUCACGAAAAUCUUUACCGUUCGAUCAAAAAGAAAUUAUCAAUUAUCGUUCUCCUUCUCGGAGAUCUGUUAAAUCAUCUAAAAUGAAAAGUUCAAUAAAAGUUUCCGAGAGAAAAUCAGGUAAGAAACCAAUAAAAAAAAUAUCAAAUGCUUCAGCAAGAAAAAAUUUUAAACAAUCUCCGAAAAGUAAGAAACCAGAAAUAUCAGUUAGCAAUAAAGAAGUUAUCAAAAUAACUACAACAUCUGAAACCAAAUCAGAAACAAUUGAAGGCGUGAGAAAAAUAUUAUCAAAAAGCAGUAAGCAACUCGAUCAGACAAAACCACAAAAAUCUUUACCGUUCGAUCAAAAACAAAUUAUCAACUAUCGUUCUCCUUGGAAAUCUGUUAAAUCAUCCAAAAAGAAAAGUCCAACAAAAGUUUCCGAGAAAAAAUCAGGUAAAAAACCAAUAAAAAAAUUAUCAAAUGUUUCAAGAAAAAAAAGUUUAAAACGAUCUCCGGAAAGUAAGAAAUCAAAAAUAUCAGUUGACAGUGAAAAAGUUAUCAAAAUAACUACAACGUCUGAAAGCAUAUCAGAAACAAGUGAAGAGGUGAAUAAAAAAUUAUUAUCAAAAAAGGGUAAGCAACUCGAUCCGACAGAAUCACAAAAAUCUUUACUGUUCCAUGAAAAAGAAAUUAUAAAUGCGGGUCUGGAAAACACAGAAAAGUUGAAAGUUUGGACUAAUCUGGAUAAGUUGCAGAUGAUGUACAACGAUGUGGUUUUGCACGUUUGGACUAAAGACUCAAAAAGUGAUAUGAAAAAACAGCCAACCAAAACAUUUGAUGCGAACAAACACGUUUCAAACUUAUCAUUGAUGGCUGAAUUAAUAAUGGCUCAAGAUUUUAAAGAUGACUUGGCUGUUGCUAAGUUGAAAAAACUUAUUGAAAAAAUAGUAUCCAAAUAUAAAUUGACUGAAACAUUAACUACAAAGAACAAGGAAUUAUUUCAAAAACUGUUGAAAAGCAAAAGAAAAAAUGAAAUUGAAUACGGGUUUGGUAUAAAUAAAUCGAUCGAUGAUUUCACGAGAUUUCUCGAACAAAUAUACGAUGCCUUCAUCAGAGAAAAAAUAAAAUGUAGGAACAGAAGUCCAACUAAGUGGAAGACAUUGCCCGAAAUGAUAAAAGUAAUUGAUGAUGAAAAAAGCAAGAUUAAAAUCAAAGGUCGAAAUAAAACAAAAGUGUCGUCUAUCGAAAGUACUGAAUGUACUACCCAAUCAAAAAGUUUUGCAGAAACAACUGAGAGUAAGAAUAAAUCCAGUAAAAAUAUUGCAAGUGACUCUUCGAAAGAAUCGUUAACAGAUGUCUUAAAGUCCAAGAGUAUUGAAAAAAUAUAUGCAACUAAAAACAAUUCGUUACUGGGAAAAAUAAAAACUUGCACCAGUGAUACAGACAAAUCAAGUGAAACUAUUACAAAUGAAACUUCGAAUAUAACGACAUACAAGAAAUCUGAAAGUACUGAGAAAAUAAAUGCAAAUGAAGGCAAAAUUUUGCUUGAGAAGACAAAAGCGAAAAGAGUUGAAACUAAAAUGAAACUUGAAGACAAUAAAAACAAUAAAACAUUUGGCAGUGAAAUAAGCAAAAGUUCCGCAAUCGGAAUUUCAAAAAUUAUUUUUAAAGAUGACAAAAAAUCUGGAACCACUAAGAAAAUAUAUGAAAAAGAGCUUGGGAAAUCGAGCAGUGAAAGUGGCCAAUCUAUCAAGCAGUCAAUAACUAGCAUUAAUAUUGACCGUAAACUUAAAGAAAAUAUUUCAAGAAUUGCUUCUAAAGACUUUUUAGCAAAUGCCAAAGCAACCGAGAAUAUGAGAAAAAAAUUGAAAAACAAAGAAAUUGUAUCGUAUGACCAAAGGUUUGGAGAGGCGAGUAAGAUGAAUGAUAACAAAAAGAAAGAAUCCAGUUCAGAGAGUUCUACUCGAUCUGUUGAACAACGAAUGAAUCAUGCUAAAAUUUACAAUAGCAAGAGAAAAUCUGCUACGAAUCUUUCAAGUGAGUCUUCAAAAUCAACUCUAACGAGCGAGACUCAGUCUGGGAGAGUGGAGCAAAUAAAUACAAAAAGCGAUGAUUCUUCUCUAACCAGCAAAAACACCCAAUUAAACAACAACUACCAGUCACUCAGAUUGUUUCAAAAUAAAUCUUCGUUGAUUCCAAUUUUUAAAACAACUCACAUAGCAUCAGAAAUGAAUCAAAGAAAUAAUCAAAAUAAUUAUUCCAUUGAUUCUAAAAGCUUGCUCAACGCUGGUGGUAUAAUAAGAGAUAAAAAUUGGCACAUGAUAACCACAUCAAUAAAAAAUUCAACUUUCAAGAAUGAAACUGUUGACGAAAACUGCAACAAAAAAAACAUAUUUUGCCCACUGAGUAAAAUUUAUAAUCAGAAAUAUUCAUCCAAAAUACCUGUUUUAAAGCGAGUCAACAGAAAACAGCAAAAAAGGAAAUUGGUUAACGUAAAUAUAAAAGAGCAGAUAUCAACAAAUGAUAACAAAAAUUCAGACAUGUUGAGAAGAGAAAAAAACAUUUAUGUUGGUUAUCGUAAAACCGUUAACACUGAAAAUGCUAAAGACAGGAAAAACAAUAAAUUUGACAGAAAUUUGAACAAGAAUAAUCACCAUAACCUUUCUUCUAAAAAUUCAACUUUCGGGUCUAAAAUUGCUAAUUCUAAAAUAUAUGGAUCAAGACCUAAACCAUCAUGUACUAAUUUGAUUUUGUCACACAAUUACAAGCAGGCUGUCAGUGAAGAGAAUACAACUUUAAAAUCAUUGACUUAUACAACAGAAUCUAAAAAUUCUACCGCUAACAUAGGAGCUGCUUCUGGCUUGAAACUGUACCAAAAUUUGAGUUCAUUAUCAAGCUUGCGUCUUAAAUCAAACAACGCUUGGGAGUUUAGUUCUCAAGAGAUACUUUACCGUUCUAGCAAGCGUAUUUUAAAUAAAAUUCAAACUCCGACAGAAUAUGAAAGUUGUACAUCUCAAUAUCAAAGCCAAAAUAAAAACUCAUCUCAAUUAAACACAAACUUGAAUCGAAGAAUAUCUAAGAAAAAGGGAACGCGUCGAAAAAAUUAUAUGACAAAGUGCGCCAAAAGACAAGCCCUUUACACAAGAUCCCAGGUAUGCCACUUGCUGAAGAGAAAGUUCAGAAAGUAUAAGCAGAAAGUGCUAUCAAGCAAGCGUAAACACUACCAGCUCAGCAAACGUCGACGCCAUUUAUUAAGAAAAAAAAUAAUGAAACUCAUCACGAAAGGUCGAGUUCAUAAAAAAAAUUUAGAACGUUUGAUACGAUACGUAAAGGCGCACGCGAAAAAACAAAAAAUAAAAAAGAGAUUCCAUUCGAAACGAAAGAGGAAGCUAUUAUUAGGUCGUGAUCCAUCUUUCCUAAGAUUUCGUCACUGCCGCGAUUUGUGUCAUAACCGAAUAAACCACUUGAACAACAUUCUUGAGAACAGAAACUACGUUGGCUCGAUAGAUGACUGCCGUCUCAUGCCUUACUCGCCUAUCUUGAGUAGCGCUGGUUACAACGACUGUCUCAUCGAUAAGCAAUCAGUCGAUAAUUAUAUGUUAAAAAAGAAUCAGAUCACCCCAGAUGUCAAGAAAAAUUAUUUAGAAAUAAUAAUUGAUGAUAUUAGCAGUGAGGUGACAAGAAAAUUGAGAAAUGGUGGAGUGGUGCCACCAAUCUCAUCACCGAUCAAUUACGGGGCUUUUCCAAAUUCGGGAAACGUUAGGAACAGACCUGGAUUUCAGAGACAAAACUACCCAUACUUUCCCAAUUGCUGA